AUCUCCGUCACUAUCUGUCAGUGUUGCUGUUUUCACGGAUGCCGCCUCUUGAUACUGUUUCACGAAACGAAAGCUGAACUGAUAAUUGCGGUAGCUAGCAAAUAUCUACCUCAGGCCAGUAAGUUAGUAGUUUAUUACUUGUUUCUGUAUAGAUUUACAGAGUCCAAUGACUCGAGUCUCAUGACAGUACUAUAGUGAACGUUUUAUAGCUGAUCUGCAAUGGACACUCUUCGAGAUGGCAGCCCAGACAUUUAGAUAGAUAAAACUAGACAGACUUUAAAGCAGCUAUUCAAAACACCAUUGUGCCUAUUCAGAUGUGUGGACAAAACACCUUGAACUGUCUUCAUAUCCUUGAAUAAUUCUUUGAAUACACACUCGCUCUUGGACCGAGAAAAAGGACCAAAAGUACUAGCGAAUAGUUUACUUGUUUACCCAAACUGCAGCUUCAGGUGGUGUCUUACAAGCUUCAGCGAAAGAUAAGACUAUGGCCGAGGAAAAUACCCAGUUCUGCAGUAAUUGCAAGCAUGAUAUUCCAGAAGCCAACUUUACAACACAUGAGAUUCACUGUCGGCGGAAUAUUGCUCUCUGCGAGGUGUGCCAGGAGCCUUUUCCUCAUGCUGAGCUUGUGCAGCACAAAGAGAUGGAUCAUGCAGAGGAACAAUGCAAAUGUGGAUUAAAGAUAGAGAAAAGGUUCAUGGAGACCCACCAGAGGUCAGAAUGCAGUCAUCGGCUGGUCCCGUGUCAGUUCUGCGAUCUGGAGUUGGCCUCCUAUCAGGCUAAAGAGCAUGAGGAGUACUGCGGCACCCGUACCGAGCCUUGCCCUGUCUGCAAGUGUAACGUUAUGUUGAGAGAGCAACACAUCCAUCCAGCCCUGUGCGGAAGCCUGACUCCACCUCAGGAGAGGCACAGCAGUAGGGCAGUGUCCCAGUCUCCUGGAGCAUGGUUUGAGGCACACUCCAUCCAUAACCUGUUGAGGGCCCAGGAGAGGAGCCACAAUAAUAACAACACAGGGGCUGCAGACCGCAGGGGGCCACCACGACCUUUGGAGGACAGACUGCAUAACAGCCCAAGAGGAACAGUGAGGGGAGGGACCAGGAGAAACACAGAAACAAGGAACAGUGAAUUUGCUUAUUUGCUGGAUCAGGAAACAGAGCAGGGGAACAACAACAGCCUGCUGUGGUCUCUGGGACAACUGCCAGACUAUGAGUCCUCCAGUCUGGACUACAUGCUGGCCCUCAGCCUGCAGAGUGAAGGUGACUUGGAGGACCCCCGUCAGGAGGGCGUGUGGACUGAUGUGUGGGACCGCCACUUGGGAAGAACACCAGCCCAUAGCAAUCUCACUUCCCAACUCUCCUCCAGCACAAACAACAACUGCACUGCUGCACCCCCUAAAACCAACACGGCCCCAGGCCACAGCCCCUCCUCAAACAUCAUGCUGCCUUGCGAGUUCUGUGAAGAGCUCUUUCCGGAGGAAGACCUUAUCUUACACCAGACUGGCUGCAGCCCAGCCUCUGCUAUUGCUUCCUUCAGUAAACAAGCUCCCUCUUUUCAAUAUGAAGACAUCAUCACUCAAGGGGCUGGUCAUAUCAUUCCUCCCCGCACACCCAGUCCGCCCACCCUGCCCCUCUCAGUUUCUCCGCUCUCCUACAGUUCCUCCUCCAGCCCAGUUGAGGGCGACGUGCUCAUUCCUUGUGAGUUUUGUGGCGUUGCUUUGGAAGAGGAUGUGCUCUUUCACCAUCAGGACAAGUGUGACUUCCGCCCCCAGACAGCUUAUUCCGUGGAUGGAGUGUCUCCACAAAAACCAGACCAGAUCACCAAAGAGGCCCAGGAGAGGAGAUCUCCCGAGAAGCAGAGGAGGGUGAGACAUCAAGCUGACCCAGGUGAGGAGCUCCUGCAGCAGACGGCUCAGGGGUGGCAGAGAGGCACCUCAGGUUUGGACCAAUGGCCGCCCUCAGCCUACAGUUACACUAAGAACACAAAUGUUGAGCAGCAGGUGAAGAGCAGGAACCAAAGGCGCAAAGCUGUAGAAGCAAACACGUAUCUCAACGACAGCCUCAAGCCCCAUUCUACAACCACUUCGGGACCUCCACUCAGAGUAAGACUGGAAGGUCGAACGAGUGAGAAAAACACAGAGACACCAAAGGUGCCUAAAAAGCAUAAUGUUGAAAAAGAGGAGGAAUAGAAAAAGAGGAGGAGAAAAAUAAACCAAUCUUAGUCUCUGUGACUCAAAGCAGUGACCUGUUAUUACUGUUUGUAGGCUAUUUUGUUUGCGUCUGUAAAAUAUUUACAUGUCCAGGUGAAUUUAUCAAAUCUUUGGCUUGUAAAUGUAUUUCUUUGAUUGCACAAUUUUUUUUUUUAAUUCUUCAUAGUAUUUUUUCUAUGGUGUUUGAGUGGGAUUUUAAAUGUUUGUUUUUGUUAUAUUUUCUGUUUCAAAGACAUUAGAGAACUGUUUUGUAUUUUAUUUAAAACUACACAAGUUAUAAUAUAGAAACUCGCAUAACACUUUACUGUAAUGUUGUAUAUAAAGUUGUAUACAUUAGGUAUACCUUAGGUAAUGCAAAUGUGAACAGUGGACAAUACAGCAUUUAUUAAUCUUGAUUAAUAUUAAUUUCUACAUAUAUUUUAACAUUAACAUUUGUGUAUGUUUAUACUGUUAGUUCAUAAUGCAUUGUGAACUAGUCAUUCACUAAUGACCAAUAUAAUAUUUAGGAAUUGACAUAAAAAUUAUAAUUAAAUGCUGUAAAAUAAUUAUAAAGAAUGCAUUAACUAAUUUAUUGGUUAAUGUUCUUCAGCAUACCAUAUUGUGAAGUGUCACAAAAAUGACAAAUUCUAAUUUUAGAAUGUAUAUUUAAAACAUCUCCUAUAGUGCAACAAAAACAACAAAAAAUCAUUCAAACUUCAAAUUUGUGGAUAUUUUAGAGCUAUUAUUGUAAGACUGUCUGUAUGGUGGCAUAAUUGGUUUUGAUGUUAUUAUGAUUGUUUAUCUUCCUUUGGUCAUGUAACACAUCUUUUCAAUAAAAAGAUCUUACUGCUGCUGAA